ACUUUUUUUUUUUCUGUAUUAAUAUAUGACUCUGCUUUAAUAUUUUCUCUGCAGUGAACUUGGUGUGUUCUGGAAAAGUUCCAAGAGAGAAACCCUCACUGCUAAGGAAGAGUUGAAAGAGGAGGAAGAGUCACUGCAGAAAGCCCAGCAGAAUCUCUGUGCAAUAUCUUCACGCCUUAGCUUGCCUUUCUCUCCUCUUCAACCAGAGAACUCAUCAGCGUAUUGGAGUCUAUGACCUCAGAGAGGCAGCCUGAUGAGCACAGCGUUCAGAACACCUAGAAAGUUCCAUGUUAUAUGUCACUCCUCUUACGCUACUAGGAAGUGUGAAUUUCAGAGUGACUGGUAGAAGAGGAAGGAACAGAACACUCUAUUCAUUUUUAAUAGAUCCGAUUAUAAUGAGCAACAUGAAUGAUAUGGACUACUUAACUAAGAAGAUAGACCCAACUGACUCAAUACAUCACAUGAGCCAGUGCCAGGCACAGCCAGAGCUGCCCCCUCUGCCUGCUUCUGCUAAUGAACAGCCCUCUGAACUCUAUCAGACCGUCAUGUUACACAGCAUCUAUCCCCCGCUGAUGCAGCGCACAUCCUGGACCCUGGCAGCACCUUUCAAAGAACAGCAACAUCAUCGGGGCCCCAGUGACUCCAUUGGCAAUAACUACUCCCUGAAGGCCCAGAACCUGAAGCUGAAGGACCUACAGAAGGUCUACCAGGCAGUCACCAUCAAUGUCCCCCGGGAAAAGACUGGUCAGGAGCAGUCAUUAGCAAAUAAAAGCUCAUCAGAACCUAGUAAGAAGAAAAUGAAGCUUUCCUACAAAGACAAACAGGAUUCCUCUGGGACUAAAUUACUCCAUAAGAUGACCUCCUCCUUCAUAAAGAAGGUAGAGGUGAUGACCUCAGAACUUCCAAGAAGCAGACCAAUGAGUCCAGAAGAACAAAUUAAUGUGAUGCUACAACAGGAGAAGGAAAUAGAAAGUAAAGAAAGCAAACCAUCUUCAAUAGAUUUAGAGAGAUACUGUUACUAUUUGACCAAUGGAAUCCCCAAAGAGAUGAUUGCCGCGGAGGAAGCUGACAUGAUGGUUCGGAUUUUGAAGCUGAUUUCCUACACACUACUGAAAAGUCCCCCUCUGGAACCUCUGAUAACGGCCCUCACAGAGGAGAAAGAACAGGACUAUUACAGAAGCAUCAUGAAAAGCAUCGUUGAUUACAUCCUCAUGGACCCAGCGGAGAAAAGCAGACUCUUCAUCAAGAGCAUCCCCCAUGUGUUUCCUCAGAGGGUGAUCCGGGCCCCCGUGCCCUGGCAUGGUGUCUACAUGAAUGCCAAGAAGUGGAACGAGGAGCAUCUGUACACAGUGAACCCCAUUAUGCUUAGCCUGAAGAAACUGUGGUCUUCAGAAUUUAGAAACCUCAGGUUUGUUCGCACAGCAGAAUUACUGGCAGGAACGUUGCCUCUGCAGCCUUACGAAUAUAACAGUGUGAUCCAGCAGCAUUGCAUGGAAGCACGUCAAAUUCUUCUCAACAAGUGGAUUCCUACCUGUGCCCAUAUUUUUACCUCUCAGAAGCAGCAGUGGGUCCACUUUGCUCCCAAGAGCGAAUAUGACUCUUCUCAGAACAUUGAGGAAUAUUUUGCAUCGGUUGGAUCCUUCAUGUCACUCCAACUCAGGGAGUUGGUCAUUAAGUCUCUUGAGGACCUUGUUUCCUUUUUUAUGAUACACAAGGGUGGGAAUGAUUUUGAAGAGCCAUACAAAGAGAUGGAGUUCUUUAUGCCUCAACUCAUCAUGAUCAAACUUGAUGUCAGUGAACCCAAUAUCGCCUUUAAUCCGACUUUUGAUAACUGUUGGCAAUUAAUAUAUAAUUCUUUCUUGGAAAUUAUUGACAACUCUAAGGGAAUCCCCAAGGUAGAGUCUGUCCUUUUCCCAGAGCUGAAAGGAUAUGAUCUGACCCUGAGAACUGUUGAUGCCGAAGAAAAGCUUGUUUCUGAUUUGGUGAAUCAAACUUUUGAGGUAUUUCAGAAAAAUCAAGUCGGUCCCCUCAAAUACAUAAAUGUCUACAAAAAGUAUGGUGAUUUAUUGAAUGACUCUGCAGAGCAAAAUGUCACCACAUUCCUGUACGAACCUCAUGAGAUUGAGGAUUUUGUGAUGGAGAUUAAUAAUAUAAAAAAGCGAAAGAAUGAAAUUGCAUCCAUGCACAUUACCGUGCCUUUGGCCAUGUUCUGUCUUGAUGCGUUGGUUCUAAACUAUGAGCUCUGUGAGCGAGCCCAAAGUCUUAAAGACCGUCUGAUUCAAUUUCAAGUGGAUGUGAACAGGGACACCAAUACCAGCAUUUGCAAUCAGUACAGCACAAUUGCAGACAAAGUCAGCGAGAUUCCUGCCAACACAGAGGAGCUGGUAUUCCUCAUUGAAUUCUUGAAGAAAUCUAGUGAUGUCACUGUCUUCAGGCUCAGGAGGCAACUUAAGGAUGCAGUUGAACGGCUAGAGUUCCUGAUGGACUAUGCAGACUUGCCCCAAGAGGAUAUCAAAUUGAACAGCACGCUCUUCCUCUGGCCAGACCAGAUUGAAGAUAUCUUUGAAAACAGCCGAAACCUGCUUCUUAGCAAGAGAGAUCAGGCAGAGAUGGACCUGAUUAAAAGGUGCUCCGAGUUUGAAUCGAAACUUGAGGGCUAUAACAAGGAACUAGAAGGCUUUAGGAAACGUGAAGUGAUGACAACAGAAGAAAUGAAGAACAAUGUGGAAAAGCUUCAUGAGCUUUCAAAAAACCUCGAACAGGCACUAGUGGAGUUUGAGCUGAUUAAUAAGGAAGAGGAGUUAUUGGAAAAGGAGAAAAGUACUUUCCCUCUUCUGCAAACCGUGAUGACCAACAAAGUGCCUUAUGAGCAGCUGUGGAUUACGACCUAUGAGUUCAGCAUCAAGUCAGAGGAGUGGAUGAACGGACCCCUCUUUUCACUGAAUGCUGAGGAAAUCGCCGAAGAAAUUGGGAACAUGUGGAGGACAAUAUAUAAAUUGACCAAGACCUUAACUGAUGUGCCUGCACCCAGGCGGCUAGCAGAGAACGUGAAGAUGAAGAUUGAGAAGUUCAAGCAGCACAUUCCCGUCCUCACGCUUUCCUGCAAUCCUGGAAUAAAAGAACGCCACUGGCAGCAGAUCAGUGAGGUUGUUGGUUGUGAAAUAAAACCUACUGAAACAACUUGCCUUGCAAAUAUGCUGGAAUAUGGAUUCAGCAAAUACAUUGACAAACUGGAGCCCAUUGGCGCAGCUGCAAGUAAGGAAUACUCUCUGGAGAAGAACUUGGAGAAAAUGAAGUCAGACUGGGUUAACAUGGUGUUCAACUUCGUCAAGUACAGGGACACUGAUACAAAUAUCUUGUGUUCUGUUGAUGACAUUCAACUGCUCCUUGAUGAUCACGUGAUAAAGACCCAGACAAUGUGUGGCUCCCCGUUUGUCAAACCAAUAGAAGCAGAAGUUCGGAAAUGGGAAGAAAAGCUACUUCGUGUACAGGAAAUUUUAGAUGCCUGGUUGAAAUGUCAAGUCACCUGGCUGUACCUAGAACCCAUCUUCAGUUCAGAGGACAUCAUAGCUCAGAUGCCAGAGGAAGGCAAAAAAUUUGCCACUGUUGACAGUUACUGGAAAUCACUCAUGUCCCAAGCAAUAAAAGAUACCAGGGUUCUGGUGGCAGCAGAUCAGCCACGGAUGGCUGAAAAGCUUCAAGAGGCCAACGUUCUAUUGGAGGACAUCCAGAAAGGGCUAAAUGAUUACUUGGAAAAGAAGAGACUGUUUUUCCCCAGAUUCUUCUUCCUGUCAAAUGAUGAGCUACUGGAAAUCUUGUCAGAGACAAAGGACCCCCUCCGAGUGCAACCACACUUGAAGAAGUGCUUUGAAGGAAUUUCCAGGCUGAAAUUCACAGACAGUCUGGAGAUUGUGGGCAUGAUCAGCUCAGAGAAAGAAACUGUUCCAUUCAAUCAGAAGAUCAACCCAAUUCAAGCCAAAGGCAUGGUGGAAAAGUGGCUGCAGCAGGUGGAGCAGAUGAUGCUUGCCAGUUUGCGGGAAGUUAUUCGGCUUGGGAUGGAGGCAUAUGUCAAGAUCCCCCGGAAUCACUGGGUCUUGCAGUGGCCUGGCCAGGUGGUGAUCUGUGUCUCCUCCAUUUUUUGGACUCAGGAGGUGUCUCAAGCUCUGGUUGAAAAGACCCUACCAGAUUUUCUUCAAAAGAGCAAUGAUCAGAUUGCACAGAUUGUCCAGCUGGUGCGAGGGAAGCUGAGCAGUGGGGCUCGACUCACUCUAGGGGCCCUCACCGUCAUUGAUGUCCACGCUCGUGAUGUGGUGGCUAAGUUAUCCUCGGACAAUGUCUGUGAUCUGAAUGAUUUCCAGUGGAUCUCCCAGCUGCGCUACUACUGGGAGGCAAAUGAUGUGCAGGUGCAGAUGAUCACUACAGAGGCCUUGUAUGGCUACGAGUACCUGGGAAAUUCCCCCCGCCUGGUCAUUACACCCCUCACCGACCGCUGCUACAGGACCCUGAUGGGGGCUUUGAAGUUGAACCUUGGUGGGGCUCCAGAGGGGCCAGCUGGGACAGGCAAGACGGAAACCACUAAAGAUUUGGCCAAAGCUUUGGCCAAGCAGUGUGUGGUCUUCAACUGUUCAGAUGGCCUGGAUUACAAAGCCAUGGGGAAGUUCUUCAAGGGGCUGGCCCAGGCUGGAGCAUGGGCCUGCUUUGAUGAAUUCAACAGGAUUGAGGUAGAAGUCCUGUCUGUGGUAGCCCAGCAGAUUCUCAGUAUUCAACAAGCCAUAAUCCGGAAGUUGAAGACGUUCAUCUUUGAAGGCACUGAACUCGCUCUGAAUCCAACCUGUGCUGUCUUUAUCACCAUGAACCCCGGGUAUGCUGGCAGGGCCGAGCUGCCAGAUAACCUUAAGGCCUUGUUCCGGACAGUGGCCAUGAUGGUGCCAGAUUAUGCCCUCAUUGGAGAAAUCUCCCUCUACUCGAUGGGAUUUCUGGACUCCAGAAGCCUAGCCCAGAAGAUCGUGGCGACCUACCGCUUAUGCUCUGAGCAGCUCUCCUCCCAGCACCACUAUGACUAUGGCAUGCGUGCUGUCAAGUCUGUGCUCACUGCUGCCGGCAACCUGAAGCUCAAGUAUCCAGAGGAAAAUGAGAGCGUCCUGCUGCUCCGAGCCUUGCUCGAUGUCAACCUGGCCAAGUUCUUGGCUCAAGAUGUCCCUCUGUUUCAGGGAAUUAUUUCAGAUCUAUUUCCGGGAGUUGUUCUUCCAAAGCCAGACUAUGAAGUUUUUAUGGGAGUGCUAAAUGAAAACAUUAAAAAGAUGAAACUCCAGCCAGUACCUUGGUUUAUUGGAAAAAUUAUCCAGAUCUAUGAGAUGAUGCUGGUAAGACACGGCUUCAUGAUUGUCGGAGACCCCCUGGGUGGCAAGACCUGUGCAUAUAAAGUAUUGGCUGCAGCUCUAGCAGAUCUACACGCAGCCCAACAGAUGGAGGAGUUUGCUGUGGAUUAUCAUAUCAUCAAUCCCAAGGCCAUUACAAUGGGGCAGCUGUAUGGGUGCUUUGACCCAGUAAGUCAUGAAUGGACAGAUGGUGUCCUCGCCAAUGCUUUCAGGGAGCAAGCAUCUUCAGUGUCUGAUGACCGCAAGUGGAUUAUAUUUGAUGGACCGGUGGAUGCUGUCUGGAUUGAGAACAUGAACACUGUUUUGGAUGACAAUAAGAAGCUGUGUCUAAUGAGUGGAGAGAUUAUACAAAUGAGCCCUAAGAUGAGUCUGAUCUUUGAACCGGCCGACCUGGAACAGGCCUCCCCAGCCACUGUGAGCAGGUGCGGCAUGAUCUACAUGGAGCCCCAUCAGCUGGGCUGGAAGCCCCUAAAGGACUCAUACAUGGACACCCUGCCCUCCAGCCUCAAGGAGGAUCACAAGGAAUUGAUCAAUGACAUGUUCAUGUGGCUUAUUCAACCCUGUCUGGAAUUUAUUCGCAAUGAGUGUAAAUUUGUGGUUCAAACAUCUCCCAUUCACCUUGCCUUCUCAAUGAUGAGACUGUACUCUUCUCUUUUUGAUGAAAUAAGAACCAUAGAAGGAGAGGAAAGCGAGUUCUCUGAAGGCCCUACGAGUCAACAGAUCUUUCUCUGGCUGCAAGGCCUGUUCCUCUUUGCCUUGGUGUGGACUGUAGCUGGCACUAUCAAUUCGGACGGCAAAAAAAAAUUCGAUUUGUUUUUCCGCAACCUGCUUAUGGGUAUGAAUGAUAACCACCCCAGACCCAAAAGCGUUAAACUCACCAAAAACAACAUCUUUCCAGAAAAAGGAAGCAUCUAUGAUUUUUAUUUCCUCAAGCAAGGUGGUGGGCACUGGUGCACAUGGACAGAGUAUAUCACCAAAGAGGAAGAGAAUAUCCCCCCGAACGCAAAGAUCUCAGAACUCAUCAUCCCCACAAUGGAGACAGCCCGGCAGUCCUUCUUCUUGAAAACGUACCUGAACCACGAGAUUCCAGUGCUGUUUGUGGGUCCCACAGGCACUGGCAAAUCAGCCAUCACCAACAACUUUCUUCUCCACCUUCCCAAAAAUACCUAUGUGCCCAACUGCAUCAAUUUCUCUGCUAGAACAUCAGCCAAUCAGACCCAGGAUAUCAUCAUGUCCAAGCUGGAUCGAAGACGGAAGGGUGUUUUUGGGCCUCCCAUAGGGAAGAAAGCAGUGGUAUUUGUGGAUGACCUCAACAUGCCGGCGAAAGAGGUGUAUGGGGCCCAGCCCCCCAUCGAGCUCCUCCGGCAGUGGAUUGACCAUGGUUACUGGUUUGAUAAGAAGGACACAACCAAGCUGGACAUUGUGGAUGUGCUGCUGGUGACAGCCAUGGGACCCCCUGGGGGAGGAAGGAAUGACAUCACUGGACGAUUUACUCGCCAUCUGAAUAUCCUUUCCAUCAGUGCCUUUGAGGAUGAAAUUUUAAACAAGAUUUUCAGUUCAAUUGCUGACUGGCACUUUGGGAGAGGGUUUGAUGUGGCAUUCUUAAGGCAUGGAAAAAUACUGGUAAAUGCUACCAUGACCAUUUACAGAGCUGCAGUGGAGAAUUUCUUACCAACUCCCUCCAAGUCACAUUAUGUCUUUAACCUCCGGGACUUCUCACGGGUGAUUCAAGGGGUGCUGCUGUGCCCUCAUACCCACCUGCAGGAUGUGGAAAAACUUAUCCGGCUUUGGAUCCAUGAGAUUUACCGGGUCUUCUAUGACCGUCUGACUGAUCAUGAGGACAGACAGGUCUUCUUCAACAUGAUGAAAGAAACCACCUCAAAUUGCUUUAAGCAGACAGUGGAAAAGGUCCUCAUCCACUUGUCCCCCAGUGGGAAGAUUGUUGAUGAUAAUAUCCGGAGCCUCUUUUUUGGAGAUUUCUUCAAGCCAGAAAGUGAGCCAAAAAUCUACGAUGAGAUCACGGACCUGAAACAGCUCACAGUGGUCAUGGAGUACUACCUAGAGGAAUUCAACAACAUCAGCAAGGCACCCAUGUCUUUGGUCAUGUUUAAGUUUGCCAUUGAGCACAUCUCCAGGAUCUGCAGGGUCUUAAAGCAGGACAAGGGUCACUUGCUCCUGGUGGGCAUUGGGGGCAGCGGGCGGCAGAGUGCCAGCAAACUGUCCACAUUUAUGAACUCCUAUGAGCUGUACCAGAUCGAGAUCACCAAGAACUACUCAGGCAGUGACUGGAGGGAAGACCUGAAGAAGAUCAUGUUGCAGGUCGGCGUGGCCACCAAGUGCACCGUGUUCCUCUUCUCUGAUAACCAGAUCAAGGAUGAGUCUUUUGUAGAGGACAUCAAUAUGCUUCUAAACACGGGGGACGUGCCCAACAUUUUCCCAGCAGAUGAGAAAGCUGACCUUGUGGAGAAGAUGCAGACGGCAGCCAGGACUGAGGGAGAGAAGAUUGAAGUUACUCCUCUUUCUAUGUAUAACUUCUUCAUUGACAGAGUGAAAAAGAACCUGCACAUUGUCCUUGCCAUGAGUCCAAUUGGAGACUCUUUCCGAAAUCGCCUGCGAAUGUUCCCUUCGUUGAUCAAUUGCUGUACAAUUGACUGGUUCCAGGCCUGGCCUACAGAUGCCCUGGAGUUGGUAGCCAACAAAUUUCUAGAAGAUGUAGAGCUUGAAGACAGUGUUCGAAAAGCGGUCAUUUCCAUGUGCAAAUACUUCCAGGAGAGUGUGAAGAUGCUAUCAGUCAACUAUUACAACACACUUCUCAGGCACAACUACGUUACCCCUACCUCCUACCUCGAAUUGAUUCUAACCUUCAAGGCGCUUCUGAAUAGCAAGAGGCAAGAGGUAGAUACGAUGAGAAACCGAUACCUGACUGGCCUGCAAAAACUCGACUUUGCAGCUUCACAGGUGGCGGUCAUGCAGAUAGAACUGACUGCCCUCCAACCCCAGCUCAUCCUGACAUCAGAGGAGACUGCCAAGAUGAUGGUGAAAAUUGAAGCAGAAACCAGAGAAGCCGACGCCAAGAAGCUUCUAGUACAGGCAGAUGAAAAAGAAGCCAAUGCCGCUGCUGCCAUCUCUCAAGGAAUCAAGGAUGAAUGUGAGGGGGACCUGGCGGAGGCCAUGCCGGCGCUGGAGGCGGCGCUCGCAGCACUCGACACCUUGAACCCCGCUGACAUCUCGCUGGUGAAGUCCAUGCAAAACCCACCAGGCCCCGUCAAGCUGGUCAUGGAGAGCAUCUGCGUCAUGAAAGGACUGAAACCAGAGAGAAAGCCGGACCCCAGUGGCAGCGGGAAAAUGAUAGAGGAUUACUGGGGAGUGUCAAAGAAAGUUCUUGGGGACCUGAAAUUCCUGGAGAGUCUUAAGACAUAUGACAAAGACAACAUCCCCUCAGUGACCAUGAAACGAAUCCGGGAAAAGUUCAUCGAUCACCCAGAUUUCCAGCCAUCUGUCAUUAAAAAUGUAUCAUCUGCCUGUGAGGGUCUGUGCAAGUGGGUGCGGGCGAUGGAGGUGUAUGACCGUGUGGCGAAAGUGGUGGCUCCCAAACGGGAGCGGCUGAAGGAGGCAGAGGGGAAACUGGAAGUACAGAUGCAGAAGCUGAACCUGAAGCGAGCAGAGCUGAAGCUGGUGGAAGACCGCCUGCAGGCCCUGAAUGAUGACUUUGAAGACAUGAAUAACAAGAAGAAGAAACUGGAGGAAAACAUUGACCUCUGCUCCCAAAAGCUUGUCAGGGCAGAAAAACUCAUCAGUGGUCUCGGGGGAGAGAAGGACAGAUGGACAGAAGCCGCCCGGCAGCUGGGGAUCCGCUACACUAACCUGACGGGGGAUGUGUUGCUGUCCUCAGGCACUGUGGCCUACCUGGGGGCCUUUACCGUGGAUUAUCGGGCUGAGUGUCAACAGCAGUGGUUGGCCCAGUGUAAGGAAAAGGUCAUCCCCGGGUCUGUUGACUUCAGCCUCAGCAGCACGCUAGGAGAUCCGGUCAAAAUCCGUGCCUGGCAGAUUGCCGGUCUGCCCAUAGACUCCUUCUCCAUCGACAAUGGCAUCAUUGUAUCCAAUUCCAGACGCUGGGCCCUAAUGAUCGACCCUCAGGGGCAGGCCAAUAAGUGGAUCAAGAACAUGGAGAAGUCCAAUAAACUGUCCGUCAUCAAGUUCUCAGACGCCAGCUACGUGAGGACUCUGGAAAAUGCUCUGCAGUUUGGGACCCCUGUCUUACUUGAGAACGUUGGAGAAGAGCUGGAUGCCUUUAUUGAACCCAUCUUGCUCAAGUCCACCUUCAGGCAGCAAGGGGUUGAGUACAUGAGGCUGGGUGAAAACAUCAUUGAGUACGCCAAGGACUUCAAGCUAUACAUCACGACCCGUUUGAGGAACCCACAUUACCUUCCUGAAGUGGCUGUGAAAGUCUGCCUCCUCAACUUCAUGAUCACCCCCUUGGGCCUUCAGGAUCAGCUUCUUGGUAUUGUGGCUGCCAAGGAGAAGCCAGAACUGGAAGAGAAAAAGAACAAGUUGAUUGUGGAGAGCGCCAAGAACAAGAAGCAGCUCAAGGAGAUUGAAGAUAAGAUCCUGGAAGUCCUCUCACAGUCUGAGGGCAACAUCCUCGAGGACGAGACUGCCAUCAAGGUGCUGUCCUCCUCCAAAGUGCUGUCGGAAGAGAUCUCAGAGAAGCAGACAGUUGCUUCCAUAACAGAAACUCAGAUUGACCAGACCCGGAUGGGCUACAAGCCUGUGGCUGUCCACUCCGCCACCAUCUUCUUUUGUAUCUCUGACCUGGCCAAUAUCGAACCAAUGUACCAGUAUUCCCUGACGUGGUUCAUAAACCUCUACGUGCAGUCACUGGCCAAUAGUGAAAAGAGUGACGAACUGGAACACCGCAUAAGUAACAUCAUAGAGCAUUUCACCCUCAGCAUCUACAACAAUGUCUGCCGAUCUCUGUUUGAGAAGGACAAAUUGCUUUUCUCCCUCCUCCUCACCUACGGCAUCCAGAAAGAGAAAAAGCUAAUUAACGAGGAAAUGUGGUACUUCCUUCUCACUGGAGGUAUCUCACUAGACAACCCUUUCCCCAACCCAGCUUCCGAAUGGCUCUCUGAGAAGUCCUGGGGGGAAGUCGUGCGAGCCUCUUCAUUGCCAAGACUGAAGGGCCUGAUGGAACAUUUCAUUGAAAAUACUGAUGAAUGGAAGCUCAUCUAUGACUCAGCCUUCCCCCACAUAGAGAAAUUCCCUGGAAUUUGGAAGUUCCUGGACAGACUGGAGAGGAUGGUUGUCCUCCGAUGUUUGCGACCUGACAAAAUAGUUCCGGCCGUCCGGGAUUUCAUUGCUGAAUACAUGGGUAACAUGUUCAUUGAACCCCCUACAUUUGAUCUCCAGGGCUCUUACAACGAUUCCAACUGCUGUGCACCACUGAUCUUUGUGUUGUCACCAGGUGCAGACCCAAUGGCAGGUCUGCUGAAAUUUGCUGAUGAUGUGGGCAUGGGAGGUGCCAAGACACAGACCAUCUCCCUUGGCCAAGGCCAAGGCCCUAUUGCUGCCAAAAUGAUCAACACUGCCAUCCGAGAUGGGACCUGGGUGGUUCUACAGAACUGCCAUCUGGCCACAAGCUGGAUGCCUGCCCUGGAGAAGAUCUGUGAGGAGGUGAUUGUUCCUGAGAGCACCAACAUCAGAUUCAGACUCUGGUUAACCAGCUAUCCAUCAGACAAGUUUCCAGUAAGCAUUCUCCAGAAUGGAAUUAAAAUGACCAAUGAGCCCCCCAAAGGGCUCCGGGCCAACCUUUUGCGUUCCUACCUCAAUGACCCCAUCUCGGACCCCGUGUUCUUCCAAAGCUGUACAAAGGUCGUGAUGUGGCAAAAGCUGUUGUUUGGCCUUUGCUUCUUCCAUGCCAUCGUUCAGGAGAGGAGAAACUUUGGACCCCUUGGUUGGAAUAUCCCUUAUGAAUUCAAUGAAUCUGACCUCAGGAUUAGUAUGCGGCAGAUCCAGAUGUUUCUAAAUGAAUACAAGGAGGUGCCAUUUGAAGCUCUGACUUACCUGACAGGGGAAUGCAAUUAUGGAGGCAGAGUUACUGAUGACAAAGACAGGCGUCUCCUGCUGUCCCUCCUGUCCACAUUCUACUGUAAGGAAAUUGAGCAGGACCAUUACUACCUUGCUCCUGGGGACAUUUACUACGUUCCUCCUCAUGGCUCCUACCAGUCCUACAUCGAUUAUCUCAGGAACCUCCCCAUCACAGCCCACCCAGAAGUGUUUGGCCUCCACGAAAAUGCUGACAUCACCAAAGACAACCAGGAAACCAACCAGCUGUUUCAGGGGGUGCUGCAGACGCUCCCAAGGCAGUCAGGAGGGAGUGGAAAAUCCCCUCAGGAAGCAGUUCAGGAGCUGGCCCAGGACAUACUCUCCAAGCUACCCAAAGACUUCAACCUGGAGAUGGUUAUGAACUUAUACCCUGUGGUGUAUGAGGAAUCCAUGAACACCGUCUUGAGGCAGGAAGUCAUCAGAUUCAACAGACUGACCAAAGUGGUUCGCGUAAGCCUCAUUGAUCUUGGCAGAGCCAUCAAAGGGCAGGUCCUGAUGUCCUCACAGCUGGAAGAAGUCUUUAGUAGCAUGCUCCUAGGCAAAGUGCCCGACUUGUGGAUGACCAAGUCCUACCCAUCUCUGAAGCCCCUGGGAGGCUACGUGACUGACCUCCUGGCCCGCCUGGCCUUCUUCCAGGACUGGAUCAACAGUGGACCUCCUGUGGUCUUUUGGAUCUCCGGAUUCUACUUCACUCAAUCCUUUUUGACGGGUGUCUCUCAGAAUUAUUCCCGGAAAUACACAAUCCCCAUUGACCACAUUGGAUUUGAAUUUGAGGUGACUUCACAAGAAAUGGCUAUGGAGAGCAACCCUGAUGAUGGAGCCUAUAUAAAAGGACUCUUCUUAGAAGGUGCCCGUUGGGACAGGAAGACAAUGAAGAUACAAGAGUCGUUCCCCAAAAUCCUCUAUGACUCUUUACCCAUCAUUUGGCUAAAGCCUGGGGAAACUGACACAUUUCUGCAUCAGGAUAUCUAUAUGUGUCCAGUCUAUAAAACAAGUGCCCGGCGAGGCAUCCUCUCCACCACCGGCCACUCCACCAACUAUGUUCUCUCCAUUGAACUCCCAACAGACAGGCCCCAGAAACACUGGAUAAACCGAGGGGUGGCCUCACUGUGUCAGCUAGACGACUAAGGGCAUCUGUCUCAAAACAAAAUAAAAGGCACUGUGUUCUUA